CGUAUAGUAUCGAAAUUCGUGUUCCUAUAUUCAGCACAUCCAUAAUUCUGGGUGGGGACACUUUCUCUUCAGCCCCGGUAAAAUAAGAAUUAUUGGAGAUGAUUCCUUUAAAAUCUUCAGUACUGGUUAGCACACUACUGAUGUGUUUAUUGCAAUUGGGGUCGACAAUUAAAUGCUGGGACUGUCGCUCCGAUAAUGAUCCAAAAUGUGGUAAUCCUUUUGAUAACAGUUCUUUGGUGAUUACGGAUUGUGCGCAUGAGCCUGAAUUAUUGCAUUUGCCUGGCGUUCGGCCGACAAUGUGCCGGAAAAUUCGUCAAAAAAUGUAUGGUGAAUGGAGGUAUUUUCGAAGUUGUGCCUACAUGGGUGAACCAGGAAUUAAAGGAGAUGAACGCUUUUGCCUUAUGCGCACAGGAAGCUACAACAUUUUCAUGGAAUAUUGCACUUGUAAUAGCAAGGAUGGUUGUAAUAGUGGAAGUUUCCCGAGCGGGAAUAAAUUUGCAAUAUUUCUUAGUUCAAUACUGAUAGGAAUAACAGCUUGGACACUCCAUAUCUAAAGACACAGCUGAUCGCAUGUGUACGUAUACAUACUUAAUGAAAAAUGCCUUUAAAAUGAUUUUUGAUCGUUUACGCGUUUAUGUAAAUUUUACAUUGCUAAUUAGAAAUGAAUUCCUUAGGCGAACUAAUAGCCGAAGUACAAAAACAAAAACUUGCAUGUAUUUUGCUUUCGGUACACAAAUAUAAAUUUUCUGUUAUAUUUUGCUCAAGGAUCCUUGAUCUUCGAAGAAGGGGAAAAAAAUUCUAACACUCGUAAGAAGCUUUGACUUCGCACCCUCAAACAAAAACAAACAACUCAAUGAAUACCAAUUCAGGAAAAGCAAACGGUUGGAAGCUUCGCCGGCAAAACAAAAACGGUGUUAUUCAAGUUAAAGAAGAUAUGUACAAAUAUGUAUGUGUUACUCAAAGAAGUAUUCGUUUAGUUUUUUCACGAUAUUUAAAAGGUCUUCCAUUAAGGGUAUUCGUCAAACCUUAUAAAUGCAUUGUAAACCGUAUAAUGGCGCAUUUACAUGGUAUGUAGCCAUAUGAAC